AUGAGAACUUCUUAUGUUAAUAAUUAAUAUUUCAUAAUUGCCAUGAACUUACAAUCAUUGAUUGUCGUAUUCAAUCUCCUUUUUCUUUAAACAAGAGCAGCCAAAUUAUCAGUUUCUUAAUCAACCCCAUAGAUUACCUAAUAUAAUCAAACCAUUUCAUAAUUUAAUUCGACAUUCAAAUAUAAUACCACCCUUUUAAUAGAAGGACAAGAAUUUUAAUUUCUGAUUGUAGAGUUUCAGUAAACUUCAAAUGAAAAUUCAAAAAUUGCUCUAUUAUUCAAUGAACACUCCCCAACCUUCUAGAUCAAUUAAACUAUUAAAUUUAAAGAUAUGGAUUAUGACAGUUACGCCUUAAAAAAAUAUAAUCAUUAGUUGUAGAUUCAAAACUCACCUAAUCCUAAAUUUAUUACUAUUCUCAGUAAUAUUUCAAUCUUCUUCGAUUUAACAUUAACAGGUACUAAUGUUUAAAUAUGUUUAAAUAAUUGCAGUAACAAUGGAAAAUGUAUAAAAGGGGAAUGUCAUUGUAGUUCUAAUUUCAUUGGGAAAGAUUGUUCAUUAGCUGCAACAGAGUUAAAGAUCUAGACUUGGAGAAAUCAAACAUUAUCAAAUUAUGAAACUUUUUUUUAUUAUCAAUAGCAGAACAUGUCAAAGGAACUCGAUUUAACAUUUUACACUGAUAGUCAAAAAAAUCUAAGUAUCUUAGAAAUUGUCUCUUCAUUUAUCCAUUUACCCACUUUGAGGUUUUAUGACUUCUAUGAACAAUUCAAUAAUUCAAUGCCUCUCGCUUAAACAAUUACAUCAAAAGGCUUAUUAGACUAUGAAAAAAAAUAAUAUUAAUAAGAAUACACAGAAGAAGAGGGAUAUCAUGGAAUCUCUUCAUUGCUCGAUGAGUCUCCUUCUAGGCUCAUUGUGGCUGUUUGGUGUGACUAUCCUAAUACAUAACUAUCGAUAUCAUUGUAAAAAAGUAAGAAUAGAAGAAAUGAUCCAGAAUUAUUAGAAUGGCUCUUGCCUUUAGUUAUUAUAGGAGGGAUAUUUUUUAUUUUGAUAAUUGUGCUCUCAAUAAGGUAUUUCAUAAGAAAAAAAAAGAAAUUUGGAAAUGACUAUGAAUAAGUACAAGAAGUACAGGCUUGUCAAGUUUGCGGUUUAUGUUAACAGGGUCUAAAAGAUAACAAUGAUACUGUUUUCAAAUCGAAAACUUGUAAAUACAAUCAUUUUUUCCACAAUAGAUGUCUAAAUUCAAUUCUAGAUAAAUAUCCGAAACAUGGAAACUGUCUAACAUGUGAAUAGCAAUUUCAAACUUAAUUAACUCAAUAAAAAAAAAGCACAAUCCUAUGA